CCCCCCCUCUCUCCCUCUCUCUCGGUUCUCAGGGUCCGUUGACGGAUUGGCCGUUGCGGCUCAUCACAGUGCUUUGGAUAUUUCUACCACCAGCGGACCCCCUCAUCUCUCUCUCUCUCUCUCUCUCUCUCUCUCUCUCUCUCUCUCUCUCUCUCUCUCUCUCUCUCUCUCUCUCUCUCUCUCGCGCGCUCCGUUUCAUUCGCGAUUCACGCAAAAAAUCCAACCCGAGAGGAACAGAACGGAGAGGAAGGCGGGAGGUCGAGAGGAAUGAGGAAUGCGGGCUUUUUGGUUCGCGGUCAACCUCCUCAGUAGCAGCAUCGCUCCGCGGCAUCGCGACAGUGAAUCCGUCUCCCCGCGGCACGGGGUGUGAUUUCAGCACCGGGAGGGGAGAGGAGAGCUCCCGAGGUUCACCGCAACACGCAGAACGACAGGGAGAGAGAAAGAGAGAGAGAGACAGACAGAGAGAGGGAGUGAGAGAGAGGGAGAGAAAGUAGAGAAAGAACGAGCGAGACGCGGAGAAAAAAGAGCACGGAUUUGUUACCGUUUUGGCAAGGUCAGUGUUUAACGCACAAACUAAAAAAAAAAAGACGAGCGACGUACCGGAGAAACGCGACGGUUUGUUUUAUAUGUAUUUUUAUUCCGGGGCUCAGUCGUUUUCCUGAACGGGAGCACCGUCUGAGCGGGGGUUCGGUGUGAGACGAGACGAGGGCUUUUUUCUUCUUUUUUCCUUUCCUCCCCCCCUUCUUUUUUUUUUUUUUAUCUGUGGUGGUCGUUUCCAACUGGGAGUCUGGUCACACGCCGCAGGUUAGAUGCAGCAGCAUGGAUAUACUCCAAGAAGACCUUUUUUCCUCCCCCUAGACCUCCCUACCACCUCCUCCUGGUCUUUCCCCUCACCCCUCUCCCCCACCCGGGCUGCUGUAUGUGGACCGAUCGGCCCUCGCACACAUGUCUUGAUAUCGGGAAUGAGUCGCAGUUCGUGUUGAUAAAAUGCUGCUUCGGAUCGCUCUGCUGAAUGCGGCUCUUUGUUGUGUUGCGGCGGCGGCGGCGUCGGCGGCGGCGGGGGGGUCCACCAACGUGACAAGGGGGGUCUGUAAGGACCAGAUAUGCUCCUGCAACGAGGUGGAGGGCGAUCUGCACAUAGACUGCGAAAAGAGGAGUUUCACCACCCUGCGCCACCUGACGGGCCCCAGCUCCCAGUUCUACCACCUGCUGCUGCACGGCAACUCCCUGUCGCGCCUCUUCCCCAACGAGUUUGCCAACUUCUACAACGCCGUGAGCCUGCAUCUGGAGAACAACGGCCUGCACGACAUCGUGCCCGGCGCCUUCCUGGGCCUGCAGCUGGUCAAACGGCUGCACAUCAACAACAACAAGAUCCGCUCCUUCCGCAAGAGCACCUUCCUGGGCCUGGACGACCUGGAGUACCUGCAGGCCGACUUCAACCUCCUGCGGGACAUCGACCCCGCCGUGUUCCGGGACCUCAACAAGCUGGAGGUGCUGAUCCUCAACGACAACCUGAUCAGCGCCCUGCCCGUCAACGUCUUCCAGCACGUGCCCAUCACGCACCUGGACCUGAGGGGCAACCGCAUCAAGACGCUGCCGUACGAGGGCGUGCUGGAGCAGAUCCCGGGCAUCGCCGAGGUGCUGCUGGAGGACAACCCCUGGGACUGCGACUGCGAGCUGGCGUCGCUCAAGGAGUGGCUGGAGAACAUUCCGCGCAACGCCCUGAUCGGCCGGGUGCUGUGCGAGGCUCCGACCCGCCUGCAGGGCGGCGACCUCAACGAGACGUCCGAGGCCGACCUGUGUCCGUCGCAGAGCGGCGGCGUGGACUCCAGCCUGGUGGCGCCGCCCACCCAGGACGAGACCGCCCCGCCGGCGCCGGUUCCUCCGGGGGCCGCCCCAGGGCCGCCGGGGGGCAAGGGGGGGAAGGGGGGCCCGCGGCCGACGCAGGCCAAGCCAGGCGGCGGCGGCGAGGUGAGCGGGCCCCCCACGACGGGCCACGGGCCCAAGUCGCGCUCCAAGUCGCGCGAGAACUGGCAGUUGAAAACCAAGCCCACGUCCGGGACGGGCGGGGCCGGCGAACGAGACCAGCAGCUGCUGCCCAACUCCACACUCUGUCCGCAGCCCUGCAACUGCAAGCUGAUUGGCUCCCGCAAGGGGCUGGGCGUGAACUGCGAGGGCAAGAAGAUCGAGAGCCUGUCGCACCUCAAGCCCAAGCCGCUGAGCGCGCACGAGCUGAACAUGCGGGACAACAACAUCCACGCCGUGAAGAAGAACCAACUACUGGGCUACGUCAGCCUCAACCUGCUGGACCUGGGCGGGAACAACAUCAAGUCCAUCGACAACGGCACCUUCCAGAACCUCACCGAGCUGCGCUGGCUGUACAUGGAUAAGAACUACCUGGACACCCUCGUGGCCGAGAUGUUCGCGGGCCUGCAGAACCUGGAAUACCUGAGCAUGGAGUACAACGACAUCCAGCUGAUCGUGGCGGGGGCCUUCAGUCCCAUGCCCAGCCUCCGGGUGCUGUUCCUCAACAACAACCUGCUGAAGGCCCUGCCCGUGGACGCCUUCCUGGGGAUCUCUUUGUCCAAGAUCAGCCUGCAUAACAACUACUUCACGCACCUGCCGGUGGCGGGCGUGCUGGACCAGCUCAACUCCAUCAUCCAGAUCGACCUGCACGGGAACCCCUGGGACUGCUCGUGCAACAUCGUGCCCUUCAAGCAGUGGAGCGAGAAGCUGGGCGCCGACGUCAUCGUCAGCGACCUCAAGUGCGAGUCGCCCGAGGAGUUCUGGAAGCGCGACUUCCGCCACGUGAGGAACGACCUGAUGUGCCCCAAGCUGUACGACGCCAAGGCGGCGGCGGCGGCGGGGGCGACGCCGCCGCCGUCCCGGAACAGCACCUUCACGGUGGACUCGGGCACCCGCUCCACCUCGUACCUGGAGCCCAGCCGGGUGUCCAUCUCGGUGCUGGUGCCGGGCCUGCUGCUGGUGUUUGUGACGUCGGCGUUCACCGUGGUGGGCAUGCUGGUGUUCAUCCUGAGGAACCGCAAGCGGUCGAAGCGGAGGGACGGGAACUCGUCGGCGUCGGAGAUCAACUCGCUGCAGACGGUGUGCGACUCGUCGUACUGGCACAGCGGCGCGUACCACGCCGACGCCGGCGCGCACCGCGGCUUCGACUGCAGCGUGCACCUGUCGGCGGGGAGCGACGCGUGAAACACACUGAUCCACACGUACGCAGAUACGCACACACGUAGACACACGGAUACGCACGCACACGUGCACGCGUACAGAUGAACGAGCGUACAAACACACAGAUACACACAGACAUACAUAUCGAUACACACACGUCCAUACAUAGACACAGAUCAUACAUGCACGCACACAUACACGAAUACACCCAUGCACGGACACACACAGAGAUAUACACGCACACACACACGUGCACACAGAUAUACAUGUAUACGAGUUACACAAAGAGGCACACACACACUCACGCCAACAGAUACAGAUAAAUUCACAGAUACACACACACACACACACUCUCACAGACACACACACACACACAUGCCAACGACUGCUUUAGUAGUGAGCUUAUAUAUCAACAGUGGAUUACAGAUCUGUAUAGAGACUAUCUCUGGAGCUCGACACAGACUGUGGGAUUUUUUCACUUUGUCACUUACCAGGAGCUACGUCUUUUCAUUCGCUUUUCUUUACACGGAGACCAGUGAGCGAGUCCAGUAGGCCCUACACACUGCUGUAAAAUAUGUAUAUGCUACGCUGCCUCGCCUAUGAUUGGCGCAACAGGGACUUCAGACCUCUGACCCGUCUGAACUUUUGGGGGUUUG